AUGUCCCAGGUGAUGUCUGGUUCCCUGCUAGCGGGAGGCCAUACAGUCAGCUUGGCUUCCUGCGAGGAACCCAGGACAGCCCUGCGUCCAGCACCUAGCCCCAGCCUGCCGCCUCAGUGUCCUUACUACACCACCGAAGGCUGGGGAGCACAGACCCUGAUGGCCCCCGUGCCCUGCAAAGGGCCCCCCACCAGGUUCCCGCAGGCCCUGCAGUCUGAGGCCAAAGCCCACUGCCUCCUGCAGUCUCCUGGUGAGCAGGCCUCAGGGACUCCACAGGACCUUGAUUCCUACAUUGACUUCUCGCUGGAGAGCCUCAAUCAGAUGAUCCUAGAACUGGAUCCCACCUUCCAGCUGCUUCCCUCAGGGACUGGUGGCCCCCAGGCUGAGCCUGCCCAAAGUACCACCUCAAGGAGCAAGAAGGAGGAACCUGAAGCACUGGACAUAAAGUAUAUUGAAGUGACCUCCACCAGAUCAAGGUGCCACGAUGGCCUCCAGCGCUGCUCCAGCCCGUCUGUCACCCCACCCUGUGGUUCCCCACGCAGUGGUGGCUUCCUCCUUUCCAGAGACAUCCCCCGAGAGACUCGAAGCAGCAGUGAGAGCCUCAUCUUCUCUGGGAGCCAAGGCAGGGGUCCAUCUUCUCGCCCCUCCCCUUCCCCCAGCAUCUCCAUCCCUUGCCAGGGGAGCAGGGCCUCAGGCUCCCCACUGGUAGCUUCUCCAGGCUUGGAGAAAGGACUGAGAGCCCUGACCCCACAGCAGGGCAGCAGGGUCUCUGUGCUAUCAGCCAGUCCAGCCUCAGAUGUCAGCUAUGUUUUUGGAAGCAGCCAGUCCCUCCUCCACUCCAGCAUCUCCAGCCAUCAGUCGUCUUCUAGAUCCUUGGGAAGCCCAGCUAGCUCUAACUCCAGCCUCCAUAGCCUUGGUCCAGUGUCCCUGUGUGUGAAACCCAGUGACAUCCAAGCCCCCAGCAACCCUACCCUGAGCGUGGGUCAGCCCAAAGCAGCCCACUCCCCCACAGUGGCCAAAGAGCAGGCCAGCAGCUGCCCCCCAUCCAUCACCAACUCCAUGGUGGACAUACCCAUUGUGCUGAUUAACGGCUGCCCAGAACCACAGUCUCCCCCACCUCAGCGGACACCAGGACACCAGGGCUUUGUCCAGCCUGGAACUACUUCUCCCAGCCACCCCUGUCAAGCCAAGAGCCACAGCCAGACCCUACCAGAUGCUGCCUUCUCCACAUCCCCAGAAGGUCCUGCCAGGGACAUGCAGCCCAACAUGAAAUUUGUGAUGGACACAUCUAAAUACUGGUUUAAGCCAAGCAUCACCCGAGAGCAAGCAAUUGAGCUGCUGAGGAAGGCGGAGCCAGGCACUUUCGUCAUCAGGGACAGCUCCUCCUACCGAGGCUCCUUCGGCCUUGCCCUGAAGGUGCAGGAGCCCCCAGCAUCUGCCCAGAGCCGACCAGGUGAGGAUGGCAGUGACCUUAUCCGACACUUCCUCAUUGAGUCUUCUGCCAAAGGGGUGCAUCUUAAAGGAGCAGAUGAGGAGCCCUACUUUGGGAGCCUGUCUGCCUUCGUGUGCCAGCAUUCCAUCAUGGCGCUGGCCCUGCCCUGCAAACUCGUCAUCCCACAAAAAGAAUUGGGAAGUGCAGAUGGGACCUCCGACUCCUCUGCAGACAGCCCCACCUCUUGCCUGAAGAAAUCUGCCGGUUGUCAUACCUUGUUCCUGACCUCUGUGAGUGUGGAGACCCUGAGUGGAGCCCUGGCCGUGCAGAAGGCCAUUUCAACCACCUUAGAGAGGGAUGUUCUCCCCACGCCCACCGUGGUGCACUUCAAAGUCACUGAGCAGGGCAUCACCCUGACAGAUGUCCAAAGAAAGGUGUUUUUCCGGCGCCAUUACCCACUCAUCACCCUCCGCUUCUGUGGCAUGGAUCCUGAAGAACGGAAGUGGCAGAAGUACUGCAAGCCCUCCCGGAUCUUCGGAUUUGUGGCCAAGAGCCAGACUGAACCACAGGAGAACGUGUGCCACCUCUUUGCAGAAUAUGACGCAGUCCAGCCAGCCUCCCAGGUCAUCAGCCUGGUGGAAGUUCUGCUUCAGGACACAGAUAAGAUGUAG